AUGCCGCCGAUCCUGCCGCCGAUGCCGCCGAUGCUGCCGCCGAUCCUGCCGCCGACCGUCACUGAGCCGAACGCCACUGAGCCGAACGCCACUGAGCCGAACGCCACUGAGCCGAACGCCACUGAGCUCCUGCCGCCGCCGAUCCUCCCGCCACUGAGCCCGCCGCCGAGCCUUUCGCCCAGCUCUCCACCGUGGUGGUGCGCUGCCUUGGUGAUGCUCUGCGUCGUGCGCCGCAUCUGCCGCUACAAGUCGCCGCUGAGCCGCUGGUCCAGCUCGCGCUGGUCCAGCGUCCGCUACAGCGCCCGCCACAGCUUCCAGCGCAGCUUCCGGCACGCGCGCGGCAGCUCCGCGCGCUGGUCCGCCGCCGGUACCCCCACAGUGGAGCGCGUGCGCGCCCGCCACUCGACGGUGGACGUCGAGGCCGGCGUCGACCAUCUCGAGGCGCACCUGAGGCGGCUGAGCUCCGAGAAGCUUCCACCCGCGUCCUUCGACGCGCCGGUCUCGACGGAGCCCUCGCUGGCGUCCGCGAUCCUCGCGGCCUCGACCGGCGGCGCAGGUCUCUUGUCGCCGUCGUCGCUGAGGUCGAGGGCAUACGCUGACCUACGCCCGGUGGAGAGGGGCGCUUUGCCAGAAGACGACGUGGCGGCGACCACUCCUCUGGUGGCCGGCCGCGAGGCAACGGCUUCGUCGGCGCCGCGCGAGGGCGGCCCGCCGCCGCGGUCGGCGACGGAGCGCCGGGCGGCGACGGAGCGCCCCAAGGGAGGCGGGACGGCCAAGCGCUUCCGGCGGCGCGCACCGUCGCCACCCCCCGGCGUCAUGAUACCCCCGGACACGGCGGCGCCGCCGCAGUGGAGCGCGCUUGAGUGGGUCACGCACCAAGAGAGCGUGGACGGCUUCGCCAUAUCCGUGCGCAGCUUCGACUCGACGUCGAGCCGCGGGCGCUCCAGCGGCUGGGCCGUCUAUGCCGGAAGCGCGGACGAAGUCUCGUCGGGCGAUGUUUCAGACGGGAUCGCCAGGGCGAGCAGCGCAGCCCCCCGGCAGCAGCGUCCGCCAUCCCGGCCGUUCGGACGCAAGUGA